AUGUACAAUGGUACUCAAUGGAAUGGAAAAACAGUUAAGCUACAAAUAGCUAAAGAAAGCUUCUUAGAUAGACUAGCCCGAGAGAGGCAGGCCACAACAUCCCAAAUUGUUGAAGAAUGGACCCCCACUGUCCAAUCCCCACCCAUUUCUACAGCCGAUAAGUCAUCCCUAACUUCGGUAGACAACUUGACAAGCAAAUUAGUGAAAACAACAUCUGAACAAAUCAAAACAAAAAAAGAAAAACCACCAAAAAAUGAGAUUUCUGAAAAGAAGAAUUUGUAUCUCAACGAUACAGAAAGACUUUACACAACCAUUAACAAUGAUAUGAAUAAGACAUCAAACAAGGCCCUAACGAAGCAAGAAGCCUCUGACUUGAAACGCCUGCAGAGUUUGCGUGUUCGAGAUGAAGGGCACAGUCAACAAGUUGAUCUUAUUAGAAAAUCACUUCAUGCUGAAACCAUCAAUAAGAAAGUUAUUUUCAAGUCAGACUCUGAAAAUAGUAGCAGCAGCAGCGAUGACGACGACGACGAUAGCAAUGAUGAUGUUAAUGAUGAUAAAGAUGAUAAAAACAAAAAGAAGUUAUCAUUAUUCGAUGAUGGUGAUGAAGAGGAAGAUGAUGUUAAGAAAAGAUUUGAUGAGAAAAGUCAUUUUGAAGGCAAAAAAGGAGAGAAACUAUUCAGACUGCAGAUGAAAAUAAAGGACUCAAGAUUUCGAUUGGAUGAGAAGUUUGCAUCUAAUGACCAAUCGGGUGACAGCACUUAUGACGACGACGAUGACGACGACGACGAUUCAGCCAAUCACAGCAAACCUAAAAAGAUGAAACUAGACAAUGAUGAAGGUGACGGCUGA